AUGGUGGCCACAAAGAUGAAGAAAAAGUCUCUGGAGUUGAUCAACUCUAGGCUCCAACUCAUUAUGAAAAGGGGAAAGUGCGUGCUGGGGUACAAGCAGACUCUGAAAAUGAUCAGACAUGGCAAAGCGAAACUGGUCAUCCUCACCAACAACUGCCUAGCCUUGAGGAAAUCUGAAAUAAAAUACUAUACCAUGUUGGCCAAAACUGGUGUCCAUCAGUAUAGUGGCAGUAAUAUUGAAUUGGGCACAGUGUGUGGGAAAUACUACAGAGUAUGCACACUAGCUAUUAUUGAUCCAGGUGAUUCUAAUAUUAGAAGCAUGCCAGAACAGACUGGUAAAAAGUAA